GUGGUCUCGGCAUGCCGGCAGUGCUCCCCGCCAGCUGAGGGGUCACCCUUGUUUCUGUCACAAAAUAAAUCGAGGGGCUCUGCUUCUCCAGUCUUGCCACGUAAACUCACCCCAGUCGUUUGGUUUUAAAGGCCCUACAAGGCGUGCUGAUGAUACGAAACCGAGCUAGGAAAACAACCACCACCGCGAGCUGAGAAGUGGAGUGAAGCUGGCUGAGCGUGGUGCACCAGCCCUCUGAAGUAGCCUGAGGGUGAAUUGGUGACAGGGCAGUUUCUGGUGUUUGUGAAGUAGCGCUAACCCCCUGUGCUUUUUAGGAUACUACACCCGACGAACUGCUGUCUGCCGUUAUGACAGCUGUCCUUCAAGAUGUCAAUCUUCGUCCUGAGGCCCUGGGAGAUAUCUGUGUUGGAAACGUGCUGCAGCCUGGAGCUGGUGCUUUCAUUGCAAGAGUUGCGCAGUUUCUGAGUGGUAUUCCAGAGACGGUGCCGUGCUCAAGCGUAAACCGGCAGUGCUCCUCCGGGCUACAAGCCAUUAUCAAUAUAGCAGGUGGCAUCCGAAAUGGAUCGUAUGACAUCGGCUUGGCCUGUGGCGUGGAGACCAUGUCCCUCAGAAGUGGGAAUAACCCUGGUGACAUCAGUUCCAGUAUCAUGGAAAACAGCAAAGCUCGAGAUUGCCUUAUUCCUAUGGGAAUAACCUCAGAAAAUGUGGCAGAGAAGUUUGGGGUUUCCCGAAAGAAGCAAGAUGCCUUUGCCUUCGCUUCCCAACAAAAAGCCGCAAAAGCUCAGCAAAUGGGGCUGUUUAAAACCGAGAUUGUUCCAGUGAAGACCGCUGUUCUGGAUGAUCAGGGCAACGAAAAAACAAUCACCGUGCACCAAGAUGAAGGGAUUAGGCCCUCCACGACCCUGGAAGGCUUGGCGAAGCUGAAGCCUGCCUUCAAAGAGGACGGUAGCACUACAGCAGGUAAUGCCAGCCAGGUCAGUGAUGGAGCAGCCGCUGUUCUCCUGGCAAAACGCUCAAAAGCAGCACAACUGGGACUCCCAGUCCUGGGGGUGCUCAGGUCCUUUGCGGUGGUUGGGGUCCCACCCGAUGUUAUGGGCAUAGGACCAGCCUACGCAAUCCCUGUAGCUGUGGAGAAGGCGGGUCUGACUCUGAAUGACAUUGAUAUAUAUGAAAUCAAUGAAGCCUUUGCCAGCCAGGCUGUGUACUGUGUUGAAAAGCUGGGCAUUCCCAUGGAGAAGGUCAACCCCCUGGGAGGAGCAAUAGCACUGGGGCACCCACUGGGCUGUACUGGUGCUCGUCAAGUUGUCACUUUGCUCAAUGAAUUGAAGCGCAGAGGGAAAAGAGCGUACGGCGUGGUGUCGAUGUGCAUGGGGACCGGCAUGGGCGCCGCAGCAGUAUUUGAGUACCCAGGGAACUGAGCUCCGGUCUCCUGAGGAAACAACGCAACAGCUAAUUCUCUGCCUUCUCUAGUAGUAGCAAAUUAUUUGCACUGUGAAAUCAAGUCGAUUCAGGGACUGGUUACAAAUUUUAGGCACAAAUUAUGAAGCAGAAUAAACUGUACAGAUCUACAGAGCAGGUUGGGGAAAAUGCAAAACUGGCAAAUGGCAUCCCGACGUGAAAUUAGUUCAGCUGAAAUUCAACGACAGGCCCUUGCGUGGUGAUCGUGAAUGAGUAUGUCUAAUCCCAUCGAUCCCUUUAUUCUGUGAAUAUUACCAGAGCGAAGUAGUUUAUGGUACAGUAUUUUUGUAUGACAAAUUGUCUAAAACGGUUGCUCAAAACAAAAACAACGGUGCGCACAAAAAGGCUUUUCCAGGGUUUUUUCUUAAAAGAUGUCACCAUCUUGCAAGAAGUCUGGAACAGCUUGUUUGGAAAGCAGGGCAAGGACUUACCCUCGUGUCCUUUGCGACCGCAUCUGUCCUGGCCAGGUCACGAGUUGGCUGUGUCCCGUCCCAGGUUGUCCCUGCGCUGGAGGAUGCGCUUUAGCUUUCUGCUUUCAGCCGCGCUCCUGCGAAUGGGGGCAAGCGGAAGGACUGGAAUGUAGCCUACACAGGAGGGAACAAACUGCUGAGGUGCCGGAAUAGAAAGGUUUUGAUGAAGCAGGAAUUUGAGCUUGGCCAUUCAUUUGUAAUGAUCAGCUUGUGUGACUCUUGGAGGACAAGCUUACUUAAUAAUAUUUAAUGAUAUUUACUUACCUAGCAUAAACCAGAUUUCAGCAUUACUUGUACUGCAAGCACUACAUCAGCAAAAUGUAUGUGACAUCUGGUAAAGCUGUCCCUUCUCUGUUCUUCCUCUCGUGAGCGGAAAGAUCACUGAACCUCAGAGCUAACGGCUUGAAAAAGCAGCGUGCUCAUCGUCUUUGACGUGUUAGAGAAGUUUAAAUUUGUACCGCAGGCUGCAGUUCUUUGUCCUGGCUUUUGUUUGUGCACUUAGUAAUGCGGUUGGGUUCUUGCAUGAUACUUGUUUUCGUUUUCUGUGAUGGUGGUUAGUUGAAGGUCAUGAUUAGCUGGAGCUAUGUGAGACAUUCUCACACUUGAUAUUCUCUCCCUCCUCCCUACACACGCUGCCUUUAACAAAAAGCUUUUAUAUGAUGGGAGUGGAAAACGUAGCAGGCUCAGAAGUGGGAAUUUCGGUGACCUUUAGCUAAAGUAAUAGAACAUGUAAAGAGGAGCGUGAGUAAAUGGGAACCAUGUGGGGGAGUGUCGUGGUUUAACCCGGCUGGCAACUCAGCACCACGCAGCCGCU